AUGUCAACAAGAUCAAGUGAAUACAUCGAUUCUCCAACCGCGGCUGCGAAAGAUGAAACUAAAUCUUUAAGCAAGGAACUUUGUUGUCUAAUUUGCGGGGAUAGAAGCAAUGGUCGACAUUACGGUGUUAUCAGUUGUGAGGGCUGCAAAGGAUUUUUUAAACGUAGUGUGAGACGUAACAUGAAGUAUGCGUGUACAUGUUCAGCGAAUGCCUGCAAAAUCACAAAGGCAAACCGAAAUCAGUGCCAGUUUUGUCGACUGCAGAAAUGCUUCAAGGUGGGAAUGAGAAAAGAAGCCGUUCAAAAAGAAAGGCACACGUCUACCAUUCGCGCCGAUCGUAAUUCUGGCAAAACCGAGAAAGAAAUGACACCAGAUUCAGAAACAGCAAUAAAUAGCCUUAUUAAGAACCUCGUCGCAGCUGAGACAUUAGUACUUUCUAGUAGAAGUCUGCAACUGCAAUCAGGUUUUAUCGGAUUUGAGGCUAUCUGCCAAUCUUCAAUGCGAAUUCUCUAUUCUGUUGUGGAAUGGACGGUUAAACUACCCUACUUUUCAGAGAUGACUAGUUGUACCGAUCAAAUGACACUGCUUAGAUCUUGCUGGUCUGAAUUAUUCAUUUUGAAUGCUGCCCAAUGGUCUCCACCAUUGAACAUGUUUCCAUACUCCACAACCAGUAACUUUUACCUAACUCACCCUCAAGAAGUCAUGCAUCAUAUAUGCCUUUUUCAAGAAGCUAUUGUGAAACUUAAGAAAAGAUUUAUUGACACAACGGAAUUUUCUUGCUUAAAGGCAUUGAUAUUAUUUAACCCAGAUGUUCGAGGAUUAGUCAAUCCAAAUUAUGUCGAAUAUAUUCAAGAAAAUAUACAAUGUGCUCUUAAACAGCAUGUUAAAAGCCAAUAUCCAGAUCAACCAUCCCGCUUUGGUUAUCUACUUUUAAGAUUAUUAAUGUUACGCUCUAUUAGCUCUAAAGUUAUCGAAGAAAUAUUUUUUACGUCGGUGCUUUGUCGCCGUUCUAUAGAUAUUUUCCUCUGCGAAGCUAUGGAAUCAGUGAAGAGAGCUUAG